AUGUCUUCCAACGAAGACCAACAAAAGCAGGAUGGUUGCACUUCCCUGCCACAGCAAUCUACCUUCCCUGAAACAGUAACGACAACGGAUUUACCUUACACAAUUUUUGAUAAACGACAGAAGUGGUUGAUUGUAUUCAUCGUCUCGUUUGCUGCGACAUUUAUUGAAGUUUCGGGCUUCGCUUCAAACAUAUAUUUCCCAGCUUUACCCACCAUAGCGGAUGACCUUAACGUCUCGUUGGAGCUUGUCAACUUGACAGUCACCUCAUAUCUCAUCUUCCAAGGAAUCGCCCCAAGCUUCUGGGGCCCAGUUUCAGAUGUUCGGGGCCGUCGCAUCGCCUAUACUUGUACCUUGAUCGUAUUCCUCGGUGCAUGUAUUGGGCUAGCAGAAACAAAGAAUUAUGCCACUCUAAUUGUGCUUCGAUGCCUCCAGAGUACUGGCAGUGCAAGCACUAUUGCAAUCGGUUCUGGAGUGAUCAGCGAUAUCACCACCAGAGCUGACCGGGGAGGCUUCAUGGGCAUCUUUCAAGCAGGCCUACUAGUCCCUGUGGCUGUCGGACCUGUUAUUGGUGGUGGUAUCUCGGGCUCUCUGGGCUGGAGGGCUAUCUUCUGGUUCUUGGCUAUUUACAGCGGUGUCUUCCUUGUCUCACUUCUAGUAUUACUGCCUGAGACACUCCGAUCGCUGGUAGGGAAUGGUGGAUUGACAACCACCAGCCCUGUUACCUCAUUCCCACUUGGUAUAUACCAGAAGACUACCCAAGUGGAAUGGGACCAUGAGCUACCGCCAGCAGAGCUUCCACCAAAGAAGAGGAUUGAUAUUCUCGGGCCUUUUCGAAUCCUCAGCAGCCAAUUUGCAGCCCCUAUCAUAAUCUUUCUUGCGAUUUACUAUGCAGUCUGGCAGAUGAGCAUUACUGCGAUGUCCUCCCUCUUCAAGACGCGCUACGGGUUAAGCGAGAUCCAGAUCGGUCUGACGUUCAUCGCCAACGGUGUCGGGUCUAUGGUGGGGACAUUGAUCACCGGCAAAAUUCUCGAUAUGGACUAUCGUCGCGUGAAAGCCAAAUUUGAGACUCGCUCGCCGGCAGGGGGCAUUGACGCGGGAAACAGCCCCGACUACGCCCCCAGCCAGGAAGAACAAGACUUCCCCAUUGAGAAAGCUCGCCUUCGACUUGUGCCUCUGUUCUCUCUGCUGCAGUGCCUUUCAAUUCUCCUCUUUGGUUGGACCAUCCAAUACCCGCAUCAGGUUCACAUUGCUGUUCCUAUCGUUUCAACUUUCAUCACCGGAUGGACCGCUGUCUCUACACAGUCGCUCAUUAUGACCUAUCUGGUUGAUAUUUUCCCCGAUAGAAGUGCUGCAGCCAGUGCUAGUCUCAAUCUUGCUCGAUGCUUGUUUGCUGCUGGCGGCACGAGUUUCGUGAUGCCAAUGAUCAACGGCAUUGGCGUGGGUCUUAGCUUCACAGUCUGCGUCGCGGUACAGGUUGUUGCACUUGUGGGCCCUUUUGUGCAGUGGAGGUUUGCUGGUGGUUGGAGAAGAGAAGCAGAGCGCAAGCAAGUUUCUAACCCUUAG